CUCGAGACUCGACUCGACUCGCCUCAACCUUGCGGCAAAUAUAUAUAUAUACUCCCAGCAUUUCUAGGCCACACACACAUUCAAGGCCCUAAAGGCAUGUCAGGCCACCUGCGGUGAAACGAGUCCAUCAUGACCUCGGAUCAUCCAGAGUCAUCAGGACCAGCUCACGGAUCGAUCGGUCUGCUUGAUCUACCGCUCGAAGUUCGCCAUCAGAUAUACAAGCAUCUAUUUUGUCAUCGGGCGUGGCCCAUUCCUCUUGGACCAGGCAGCCUCGCGCCCUUGCAGCUACAGGACAAGAAUGACCUCGCCGAGCCGAUUUUCCAGACUGCCAUCUUUAGAGUGAACAGGGCCGUUGGAACCGACGCCCUUCGUUUCGCAUAUAGUGCAAAUAACUUUCAGCUGCCCGCUGACCUGACCACCUUCUGCCAUCUGGGUGACAUCGCUCUGGCAUCGAUCCGGACACUCACAGUCCAUAAUAACUGCUGGCUAGUUGGCGAGGGAUCGAGGAGGGUCUGGGACAUUAUAAAUCACAAAUGCGCCGAUCUGGAGCUUCUGAUCGUCCAGCCCUCGACGCACCUGUUGUGGCAAGCCAUUCCACACCUGAAGGAGUAUGUUGCCUCUUUCGGCAAUGACACAUUGUCCCGACCAAAGCUCGUCCUCGACCUGUAUGUCUUCGAUCGUCACUUCUCGUUCGAUCUGCCGGAGCGGGAAUAUCAUCGAGCGUUGCAGGAACUGAAAGGCAUUGUCGAUAGUGAUUAUGCAUGGCGGGGGUUCGUCCCCGUCAGGGAAAUAGUGUCCUUCCUGCCGAAGCACGUGAAGCGAAUCGACUUUGUGCUCGAUGUCAGCGCAGGAGGUGUCCGCGCCCUGGAUGAGGUCCUGCGAGACUCCUCGGAUCUUCCACUGGUUAAAACGGCACUGCCCUCACCCGGCAGAGACUAUCGGUACGGACACCGAGCUCAGCUCUGUUAUAUCUGGAAGGAAGACUAGAGAAAUCAGUACCAGAAGAAGGGGUUAGUGUAGCUUUUCCCCCGAGCAUCGGGUUAUCUACAGUGCUGUCGGGAUCGCCAGGGAGAGGCCAUUUCUCACAAAAGGCUUUGCAACCUAUUAGAAGCACCUUUACGCCUGUGAUCAAAGAAACGCUUCGAGAGCAUGUCAAGAAAAAGUCAAGGUCAUGAUGCCCAACACAUGACCCAAGGCUAUGAGGACGCCCGUGACUGUUUGUUAGCAUUCAACCGUGAAGGCACUCUCGGAGUCGCAGUCAGCAUCUGUGUCAUCUCCUAGUAUGAGAUGUCCUUGCCAACCAAGACAUGAGAAGUCCGAAGAACGCGCUCAGAAUCACCCUCGUGCCGAGUAGAAGAGACCUCAGACCAG